ACCGACACUUCCGGAUCCGGAAGUGAAGCUCAUUCUACCGCGAAACGACGUCGGUGACGCCGACGACGCCGAUCAAGUUGUGCCGCCGCCGCGUCCGCCUCUUCCCGCUCAAGAAGUCGCGAUUUUAGGAGAAUUGAAUAUGUUGAGGCCGCCAGUAAAAAAACCCGAGUCCACUCCCAAGAUGGAUAGAAGAAGACCCCCGAUAUACAGGCCAAAGUCCAGGACUGAUUCAAGUACUGCCAGUGGUAGCCGAGGGGAAAGCAGUCGUCUACGCGGUGACGGCGGCGGCGGCAGCAGCGAUGAAGAUUUGACCCGUCAGCAGCAGGAUCUCAGACAGCGCUUGCAGGAUGAAGCGGCCCUUUAUAGACGGAGACUCGAAACCUACAAACAGGCGCAGCAAAAUCAGGCAGCAUUGGUCAGCAGAUUACAAGCUAAGGUUCUCCAGUACAAACAGAGAUGUGCCGACCUUGAGGCUCAAAUGGCUGAAUACUCCGAUCAACCAUCAUCACUUAAAUCAUAUCCUUCAUUACCGAUCACUGCCACAGUGCCAUCUAGUUCCGCCCUGCAACAAGCUCAACAGCACUUGAGAGAAAUUCGCGAGGAAAGAAUUACAGACCUAGACACUGCCCUUCAAAGACUGCAAGAAGAACGCAAAAAGUCUGAAAAAAUAAUGCAACUAAAUACAAUAUUAAGGGAGCAAUUAGAAGAAUCACAUACUACAAAUGAAAACCUCACUGCCGAUUUACAAAAACUCACCAACGAUUUUGAGUCACUGAGAGAAGAAAUGCUCAUUAAAGAGGACGAAUGGAAAGACGAGGAGCAAGCUUUUAAUGAUUAUUAUAGUACUGAACAUAAUAGACUACUGAAUCUAUGGAGAGAUGUCGUUGCAGUCAAACGACAUUUCAUGGAUAUUCAAUCAAACACUGAGAGAGAUUUAAACAAAAUAAAAACUGAAGUUUCAGACAUGGGCAGAGAAAUGCUCAUGGCCUGCUCAAGAAUGGACACAAAUGUUUUUACUGAAAUUGUCAUUGGUGCCAAAGGUAAAAGCCCACAACAAGAUAGCCAAAUUUCUAUACAUUUAGAAGCGGAAAUUGAAAAUUUAAAAAUGGAGAAAGUGAAGCUUGAAUCUGACCUACAACUCAAGGAUGAUAAAAUUCAACAGCUGGUGCAUGAUAUUCAAACUUUGGAAGACAGAUGCGUCGAUUCUGACCAAAAUAUAUCUCAAGUUAUUAAAAUGCAAGAUGACAUGGAAAUAUUGGAGGGAGCCCUGCGCGACAUAGCGCAGGCUCUCAUACAGGAUGCUGAAACUAAAGAUGCCGAACUCCUCCAAGCCACGCAUCUACAUUUAAGUACCUCCACUCCGAUACCUCAGAAAUCACCAAGGAGAUCAGGGCGAGGAAUGGCUGCUCCAGCAGCGUUCGCAGAAAGUACUGUUUCCGCUGUUCAGGCAGCAUUACACAAAUAUCAAUCAAUUAUUCAUGAACUACAGGUAAAGCUCCAAGCAAAUAAGGAGCAACUAUUGUUAGUUCGAAAACAAUAUGAAAAUUGUGAAGACAACUCGGCAGCGUUUGAGAAACGCACUAAAGAGUUGGUGGCACAACUUGACACUUGUCACACGCAAAAUUCACAGCUUAUCCAAGAACGAGAUAGUUUACUCAACACAAUUGAAUCGCUCAAGUCUGACAAAAGCCAACUCGAGCGUAACAAGGCUGAUCUAAAUGCUUUAUUGGAUUCUCUUAAUCAAGACUAUGAAAAAUUAGCCAAAGUAAAUAGUAAGUUACAAAAAGAAUUAGACUCCGCAUACCAAGAAAAAAUAUUUUUGCAAUCGGAGGUUGAUCGAUUAAAUCAAGAAGCAGAUUUACGAGAAAUCACGUUAAGAGGAGAAGAGGAUAGAUGUAGUAGAAUUAGGGAGGAAUUGCUAACCGUAAGAGAAGAACUGCACAAAAUGUGCUUGGCUAACGAUAUGCUAGAGCAGCAAAAAUUAGAAGCUGAGAGCAUUAUCUCAAAUUUAGAGAAAAUCAAGAAUGAUUACGAACUCCAAUUGGACAAAAUAUUAGGAGAGAGUUCUAAUGUUCAAGAUUCUUUGGUUAAGAAAGAAACUAUAGCUUCCAAUCUCGAAAUGGAUAAAAAGAAACUUCAAGACGACAUUAAACGAUUUGAAGAAGAAAAGGCCUCCUUGCUGGCACAAUGCAGCGAUAAUCAGAAUGACAUUCAAUCUCUCCGAAAGGAACUACUGCAGGCGGAACAACAAAGACUAGAUUUAGAGUCAGACAAAGUUUCGCUUUCAGAAAAAUGCAAGUUCUUAGAAAUUGAAAAAGGAAAGGUUGAAAUGGAGCUUAAUCAGGCAGCUAGAGAAAGAAAUGAUCUUAGCAAUCAACUCACAGUUAUGGGACGAAAAAGAGAUGCAUUAAAUGAAGAGCUAAUGCGAUGCCGACAAAAAUUAGAACAGGCCAAUGAAACAAAUGCCAGAAUCAAUCGGAAUCUAGAGGAUCUUGUGAAAGAAUGCGAAGAAAAACAAUGUACAAUCGAUGCAAUGGAUAAGGAAAUUCAGCGAAUUCAAGAAUUGAUGGCUGCAAUUCGCUCUGAAAAAGAAGCACUAGAAGCGGUCUUAUUUGAUACUCAAACCAAUUUAGAAGCCACUGACGAUAAAAAAAUGCAAUUAGAAAAAGAAGUACAGGAAUUACUAGUAAAGCAAGAACAAUUAAAAUCUCAGGUUUCGAAGUUAACUAAAGAUUUAGAAAGAUCUGAAAAGAGAUGCUCUGAAAUAAAAACCUCCAUGGCUCAUCAAGCGGGGAAUAAAGAAAUUGAGUUCAAACAGAAUCUAGACAAGCUCCGACAACAAAAUGAAGAAAGCGUUAAGAAACUAACUGAAGAACGGGAGAAAAUUCGAACUUCUUUAGAGAAAAGGUUGCAGCAAUCAAUGCAGCAACUGACAAAUGAGAAGAAUACUGAAAUCCAGCAACUCUCCGAAAGGAUUGAAGCUCUACAAAACCACAUUGAUAAUCUUUGUCAGCAGCAUGAAGAGUUAAUGUUGCGGGCAGAAAAUGAUAAACAGCAAGCAUUACUAAUCGCUCAUCACGAUCAGAAGGCGAUUCAUGAUAAACUGGAAGCGACUCGUCGGGAACUGGAUGAGGAACGCGAAUCAUUCGAGCGGUUAAAGCGCGAUGCAAACAGUCGCAUUGAUCAGGAUCGGGUUCUGAUAAAUCAGCUCAAAGAUGAUCUGAACAAGUUUAAGGCCAAAUUAGAAGAAUCAAAAACCCGAAACGAGGAGGAAAAACUUGCACUACAGCAAAAAAUUGAUGAAAUACGUAUUGAGAGAGACAACGUACAAAAUGAGGUUGAAAACUUAAAAGUACAAUUACAUUUAGCUGAAGAUAAAAGUGAAAGUGUUAGUAAUUUAUUGCACGAAACUACUAGAAAAUUAAAAGAAGUUGAAAACAAUUCGGAGUGUCUUAGAAAGGAACUUACGGAUGUUCGAAGACUACUUGCAGACAGCAAUUUCGAAAAAGAAAAGUAUCACAAUACUAAUAAAGAACUCAGGGACCACGUUAAGAGGACUGAAAGCGAAAAACGGGAGCAAGCUAGGCAACUAGAAGAUGCUUAUCAAAAAAUAUCAAGCCUGGAAGAAGCAAAAUCUGCUACCGAACAUGAACGUGCCCGCCUUCAAGCUCAAAUUCGAGAGAUAGAAAAAGAACACAUGCAAAGUCAGCAUAAAGUGCAGAGCAUCCAGGAAGAGCUUCAAAAAGCUCAAACGGCUGGUAGUCAACAACAGCAAGAGGAGAAAGAGCUUCAGGCCAGACUGCUAAAUGAAGUCGAAGAAAGAGAAAGAUCUCACCAAGAAAUACAUCAGCUAAGAAAACAGAUGUCAGAGUUAGAAAGAAAUCUGGAGCAAACAAGACAGGAGCUAAAUAGAACGCGUUGCCAUAGUGGACAACUAGAAGAACAAUGGCAUGCUAGAGAACAGGACUUACUAAUUCAUCUAGAAGAUGCAAGAGUAAAAGAGAAACGACUGGAAGAUCAAAAACACAACUUGGAAGUGUGUUUGGUGGAUGCUACACAACAAAUUCAAGAACUAAAGGCUAAACUUGGAGGCGCAGAAGGCAGAGUACGAGCCUUGGAAACUCAUUUAGCCCAGCUGGAAUCCUCAAAGAGGGAAAUCGAGCAGAAAUUAUUCAGUGUGAUAUCAACUUUACGACGAAUUGCUGGAAUUCAAUUGGAUGGAUCAGUUUCAUUGCCUUAUCGACUCUUAAGUCCGUCUAGGAGAUGGAGUCCUGCUAGAGGUCAUGAAGAGAAGGAUGGGUCCGUUGAUGUAGAUCCGGAAGCAGUGAGAAAAGGAGUAAGGAACUUGAUGCAACAGGUUGCUCAAAUUGAAAGAGAGCGGGAUGACUAUAAAACGCAAGUUCAAACAGUUAAAAAACAACUUCAAGAAGCUAGUGAUAACCAAAAUAAAGGGGACCACAAAAUAACGAAAAUAAUGCAAAGUUUAAGAACGCUACAAGAGGAGAAGGGAUCCCUAGAGGCAACACUCGGCCAAAAAAAUGUUGAGCUCAAAUCGCAGAGCGAAGCUCUACACAAGAAAAAUGAAGAAGUUAAAAUAAUGAGAGAAAAAGUUGUGUCCCUCGAAUUGUGUUUAAGUGGGGAAAGUGAUCAAAAGCAUCAAUAUGAGGAUAAAAUCGAAAAACUUAAAAUGGUCCUUAAUAGAUCGGAAGCUGAAAAACGAAAUUUACAAGAAGAAUUAGCCAGAACAGAAAGCAGAGCCACAAAAUUGGAGUUGCAACGCAUGUCAGCUGAAGGUGAUUUACAAAGAUUACAGAUGAUGUUGCAAGAAAAGGAAGGCACUAUACAGAAACUUCAAGAAAAGUGUGAUCACCAGAGCAGAGCAGUAGCUAGUUUAGAAGAACGCUGUGUCUCACUAAAGUCAACAAUAGAUCAACUAAACUGCUCUUUAGAAAAAGCGUCGAAUAGUGAAACGGAAUUAAAAUCAGAGCUGCAGAGAUUGCAACGAAAUUUAAUGGAAUCCGUAUCUUCCCAACAAACUGAAUCCGAAAGACUAAAACAGAUGCAGAAAGCCUUGGCGAACUGUGAAAAUGAAAGACGCGUUCUCAGCGAGAGACUCGAAACGACUCAGAAUAACUUAGCGGAACUUCGACGCAAUAACCAGAUCCUACAGGAUCAGGUGACCAGGUUGAACAAUGAACUCGCGAAUAAUGAAGUACAAAAGUCUGCCUUAGAAUCCCAACUUAGAUUAGCGCAGUGGCCCCAAGAUAACCAAAUGACCACACAUCAUGAAGAAGAACUCAAAACUCAAAUGCAUUCACUACAAAAGGAACGAAAUGAAUUAAAGGCAAAGGUGGAAUCAAUGACCAAUAAGUUGCGGCAGUUAGAAAUAGAAAAUAGAAACUUAGAACGACAGACCGCUAAACCCUUCGGCUCUACCAAAAGCAAAGCCUUCGAUCGAUUGGAAAAAUCGUAUGAUCGAGUAGAUCGUGUGGAAAAGUAUGAAUCGGAUUCUUCAGUACCUGAGGUUGAAAAAUACGAAAGCGAAAACAGAGAGUUAAAGAUUAAGAUUUCUAGACUAGAAGCAGAUUUAGCUGAUAAAGAGGCGGAAUUAGCUCGACUCCGAACUCUAAGACCAAAUUUAGAUGCCAAAUUCGAUAGAGCUGAACUCGAAAGAUACAGAGCUGCCCAACUGCAAGCAGAAAGACUUUUGGAGGCUCGGGAGCAGAGCCAUAGACAGCAAGUGUCUCGGCUUGAAAGCCAGAUUAAAUUGUUGCGAGAACAACUAAAUGAGGAAAUUAAACGAAGACAGCAGUAUGUACUACGCAGUACAAAAGCAGGAAGAGAAAUGCAGCAGCUUCGCCAAGCAUUGGGCGAUUCGUUGCGCACUGUUUCACAGGACCCAGCCAUUGACGCGCUGCUUUUGGAGCACGAGGCUAGAAAGUUAGAUAACACAGUGUCAUCUACAGCAAGCCUCCCGCCAGCCCUCAAUUUGCCUUCGGCCUCAACUUACAGACGUUCAAUGACUCCACAACCGCAAAUGAGUAAGAGGCUGUGAAUAAAAUAAAUUACAAAGAGUCGAAGAUUCUGAGUUAAAAAAUAUAAAAAUUGUAAUACGGCCAUUAAAGGUUUACUGACCUUCUCACGUUGUUAAUUAUAGUUAGUAAAUAUAAUGUGUGCAUUAGAUAACAAAUUAAAAUAUAUUAAACACCCGGCAUACUCCAGUUUUACUAUUUGUUUGCUAAAAGGUUACUUACAAAAUAAACAAUACCACUGCUUCAUAUUUUCGGUUACCGAGAAAUUGUGCUCAUAAAAAGUUAGUAAUAUAGGUUUUAAUUUAUUUAUCUAGUAGCGAUUAGUUUUUAGCUGCAUAUUUUAGAAAAUCGCGUCAAUUUAUACGUAAUUUUUUCAAAAGUGGCAUAGUAAACACGAGAACUCACAUAGAUUUACUAAAUCAAUUUGUUCUAUCUUAUGGUAUUUUCUUUAUCACAGAUUAUUUCAAUUUCAUAAGGUGUGAAAGAAUUACUCUUUAAAAAAAUUAUAAAGAACCAUCUCAAUUCUUGCCAAUUCAGGGUUAUGUUAUUUGCCAUGCUAUUAAUUAAGGUUUAUUCAGGGUAUAUCACAACAAACGUACUUAAUUCAAAUAAGGUAGAUUCCGUCCAGUUUUCAAUUUUUUAAGCAUGCUUUUGAGAUUAAUAAAAAUAAUUUGACAGUA